UCAAUUCAUCAACCGCCAUUAGUAAACCAACUGCUAUCCAUAAAGUUAUGUCAUUAAUGCUUGUGGCCGUUGUUUGAGUUUUUCAUCUUUAGCAGAGCCUUCAAUGGCCGCAACAGUUCUUGAGAUGCGUUCUUUAUUGUACAGCGGCUAACUUCCACCAAAAUCCUAAGCGCGAAUCUACCCAACGCUCUGAAAGUGAAGAAACAACCCUGUUCUCAGAGUCGGCCAUCUCUUCUUCAAUCUUCCAGCAUUUCAAUGAAAACAACGUGUGGAGAUUUCGAGAAGAUUGAACUUAUAAAGAAAGAAGGUAGAAUUUGAAUUCUCUUCCAAGAUUAGGGUUUCCAGAGCAUCGCUCCGUAGCUGGAUUUCUGCUCUGCGGCUCGCGAUUGAGGUUUUUUUUUUCUCCUGUUUCUUAGAUUGCGUGUUCUUAGUGCUUGAGUUUUCGACUGAUCGAACUUCGGAUUCGUUGUUUUGUGGCUAGUGGUAAAUUUGUGUAGAUUAUGAACUGAAUUGAGUUAGAAGAUGACUUAUGGCUCCUUCUGGUGAAGAUGAGCUUGAGUGGAUUGAGAAAGUGAGAUCAGGAGGGAACGUUCCCCUUUUUUGUGCAAAUGGUAACUAUUCAAAUUGUUGGGAUUCUCCUCAUGGAGAUAAGUUCCUGGUGCGAGGUCCCGAGUAUUUCUCAACGAAGGAAAAAGUUCCUGCUGGUGAAUCGAUUCUAAAACCGCUCGGUUUCGACUGGAUAAGAAGCUCUGCAAAGAUUGGAGAGAUCUUGAACCAUCCAAACAACCGUAUUCAGAAGGCGAUUAACGAUUCAUUUCCUACAGGUCCUAGACCUUUCAUCUGGGCAUUUAAUCUCCAACUUCCAAACAAACAGAACUACAAUCUUGUUUCUUAUUUCGUAUCGACAGAGCCGAUUGUCAAAGGCUCAUUAAUCGACCAGUUCCUGAAAGGCGACGACCACUUCAGAAACUCGAGGCUUAAACUGAUUGCUGAUAUUGUCAAAGGCCCUUGGAUUGUCAAAAAGGCUAUUGGGAACCAAGCAGUCUGCGUGGUUGGGCAUGUUCUUUCAUGUAAAUACAUCGUAAGGGACAACUUUUUCGAAGUCGACAUCGACGUGGGAUCGAAUAUCAUGGCAAGGGCCAUGUUUCGUCUGGCGUUUGAUUACUUCACAACCUUGACAGCUGAUAUAGCCUUUUUCAUUGAAGGGAAAACAAAAUGUGAGCUUCCUGAAAGGCUUUUGGGGUGUUUUAGGUUCUCUGAUCUGAACCCAGCUUCAGCCAUGCCAAUGGAGAGUGGUGCUGGCUGAGGAAAUUAAUUCGCUAAGGUAUUUCUAGAACUCCUUCCAUUAUUAAAGCAAUUGAAUGUAAUAAACAUUGCCCUGCAACCUGCAAGAUUGAAAGGAAAAUGGGUGUUAAAUGUAUCCUUUAAUACUU